GUUGAUAUGAACCAGAAAAACCAAAAACUUUGGGGGAAUAUAGAAAGUACAAACACGCGGGAAGCAGGGGGGCAUUUUCAUAUUCUCGUUACUUCUUCUUCCUUAUCAUUCUCUUUUAAGAACCCAGAUAUCAACUUUCAUAACCCAAAUAGUUUCACAGAGAGAAAAUUUCUCAAAGACACAGAAAGAGAGAGAGAGAGAGAGAGAGAGAGAGAGGAUAGAAAGAAAGGAAGAGAGAAAGAAAAAUGUACAAGACAAAGUUACAGGAACUUUGCCAACGGAAGAAAUGGGCUUUACCUUGCUACACCUCCAUGAAAGAUGGACCAGACCAUAUUCCGGAGUUCAAAGCUUCUGUUGUCGUCAAUGGUUUAAGCUUUGAUUCCCCUGCUUCCUGCAAGUCUUCCAAAGACGCUCACAACCAUGCUGCAAUGCUUGCUUUCCUCCACUUCACUUCUCCUUCUGAUUGUUCAACCUGGAAUGUUGAACCCAAGAUUGAAGAAGUAAAGAAGGAAGAAAAGGAUGCUGAGAUUCAAUCAGAUGCUAUGAGUUUCACGGAUGAUUACGUAGCUGAGUACGCUAACCGCUCCAAACUUCCAAAGGAGGAGAGGGCUGCUGCUGCAAAGGCUGGUUUAAUGUCUAGGUCACUAGACAACUUUCAGAAGGAAAGUUUCCCAAUUGAAUUACUGUCAUUUGCAGUGUUUCUGUGUCUAUUAAUGCAAGAGACUACUAGUGCAGCUUACUGAUAUAUUUCUGUUUACAGGAUGAGUCUGGAGUUUACAAGAAUCUCUUACUAGAAUUAACCAAGAGAGAAUGUCUAUGCAUGCCAAUUUAUAGAACUACUAAAUCUGAUGCACAUAGCAUACCGACAUUCUUUUCGUCCGUCGAAGUGGGGGGAGCAAUGUUCUAUGGGAUGGCAGGAAAAUCAGUAAAACAGGCAGAACAUAGUGCUGCCAUGAUUGCCUACAAAUCUCUCAAUGAACGUGGAUUUACUCAUGCCGAUGGGUAUAAUUUCCCUAAUCUGAAUGAAAAUGCUGCAAAAGCUACUUCAAGCCCGAAAUUUGCAGUGACUACUGAUUCACUUCAGGAUGUCAAAGAUGAAAUUUUGAUUCCAUAUCCAAAUUUUACAAGUCAGGGACAUUCUAAAGUAAAGAAAGAAACAGAUUCAGCAGAGAAGCUAAGAGCUCAUGUCAAACUCACCAGCAAUGAGGACUGUAAUACCUUUUCAGCAACGAUGAAAAAGGAAGAAAAGGAAACAAUUAAUGCUGGAAAACAAUUUUCAUUUCCUAACUCAAAACCUUCACCUCAAGAACUUCUCAUGUCUCCCAGAUCCACACAUCCCAAUCUUUUUCGUAUUUUGGAUACUAGUUAUGUGUGGAACACAACCAGAACAAGGAAUUAUUUGCUUUGCAACAGGGUGAGGGUGUACACUGAGUUUCCAGAUUUUACAUUCCCCAAGGGUAUCACUGUGCUACCUAUUGCUGAAGAUAAAUGGGUGGCUAUUAGUUUGGAGUUCCCAAAUGAAGAAAGUAAUUGAUCUUCCCCCAUACUAUACUUUCUUACAUUCAAGAAGAAACUACAGGAGUUGCUAUAUAUAUGUAUAUUUAUGUGUGUCUGUGUGUGCUUAAUUUCUGUACUUAUCUGUUCUAAUUAAGCAGUUUAGUUCUUAUACAGAGCAAAUUUUACACUUUCCUGAUGAUGUUAAGACUUAAGACAAUAUGAUUUUCGGUGUUCA